AUGGAUAUCAGAGUUCUUCGUUCAUCGGAUAUCCCGCAUGUUCAACAUGCCAACAUCACCAACCUUCCCGAAAACUAUUUCAUGAAAUACUACCUCUACCACGCCCUAUCCUGGCCCCAACUCUCCUACGUCGCCGUCGACGUCUCGCGCCCGCCCAAGACCCCCUACGAUUACCCCCGCAUUGUCGGCUAUGUUCUUGCGAAAAUGGAGGAGGAUCCUAGCGACGGCGUGCAGCAUGGUCAUAUUACCAGUUUGAGCGUCAUGCGAACGCAUCGACGAUUGGGGAUUGCCGAGAAACUUAUGAGGCAGAGUCAAAAAGCAAUGGUCGAAACAUUCUCGGCGCAAUAUGUUUCCCUGCACGUCCGAGUUUCCAAUCAAGCAGCGCUGCGUCUCUACCGCGAUACACUGGGGUUCGAAACCGAGAAGAUCGAGGCGAAAUAUUAUGCGGAUGGCGAGGAUGCAUAUUCGAUGAAUCUAAACUUGGGCUAUAUCCGCGAACAGAUAUUGGAUGAGACGGAGGAUGGGGAUGAGGGGGAGGCAGUGGGGAGUGCGGGUAGUGGGAAGGAUGUGAAGGCUAUUGAGGAGGGGGAGCAGAAGGAGAAGGAGAAGGGCGAGAAGAAGAUAAAGGUUAAGAUAGGUCGUGGAUUGGGGGUGGGGGAGUUGGUCGAGAAAAAUGAGACGUUGCCUAUUAGGGAGGGGAAGUGA